AUGAACUUAGUCACAACUGUAAUCUUAAUCACCACAGCACUCUCGAUUAUUUUAGCCCUUGUAUCCUUCUGGCUCCCCCAAAUGACCCCUGACCACGAGAAGCUUUCACCCUAUGAGUGCGGUUUUGAUCCACUUGGAUCGGCCCGCCUACCCUUUUCAUUGCGAUUCUUCCUAGUCGCAAUCCUGUUCCUACUAUUUGACUUAGAAAUUGCCCUACUGCUCCCACUACCCUGAGGAGACCAGCUAACAUCCCCACUGCUAACGUUCCUCUGAGCCACAGCCGUGUUAGCUCUUCUCACCCUAGGCCUAAUUUAUGAAUGACUCCAAGGGGGCCUAGAAUGAGCUGAAU